AAUUCAUCGAAAGUAAACUCCUCUUCCUGUUCAUUUCAAAUCUUGGGAUAGCUCAAAAGGUAGUAUACUGUUUAGAUACAUUCAGUAAUAAAACAUCUGGACUCGAUAUACGGGAAGCAGAAUGAAUUUCUCCGUUCAUGUAAUGGUCUUCAUCAUCUUCACAGUUUCUAAAGCAUAUGGUGUGAAUGUGUCUACCUUACUGCAGAACUCGGAUAUUCUCCAGGUUAUUGGUGAGAAUAUAACCCUUGUUUGCGCCUUCACACCUCCAUCCAGACAUCGCACGUUGUCUUGGCUGCACGUGGAUAGCAAUAGGCUGAUCACAACCAGCGAUGAGAGUGAGGGAAUAGAACCUACACACGAGAAAGACAUUUCGGAUGAGUCCAAGUACAGUCUGGUGUCUGAUUCUUCAAGCGGAAAUCUGACAAUACGUCAUCUAGGAGUUGGUGACAGCGGCAUAUAUCGUUGCUUGGUUGCCACGUAUGUUGAUACAUUUUCAAGUUUAAUUGAACUGAACGUACUGCCACCAGUCACAGCAAGUUCAGUGUUGAUUAAAGACAACCGCUCUGACUACACUGAUGGAGAAUCAGUUACCCUUACACUUGGACGAACACACAACCUAACAUGUACAGUACAAGGUGCUAGACCACCUCCAGAACUCGAGUGGCAUAAUCCUGAAGGAGUAGCGAUUGGAAUAGAAGAUCAGAUCAACACUGUUGAGGGUGAUGCUUACACUUCUCGUAGAAGCAUUUAUAUAACCCUGCAUAGACACGAUGAUGAAAUUUUUUUAACUUGUGUUGCAUUACAUCGGCAGCUAGAUCGCAGUAUCAGUUCAACUAUUUAUGUAGAAGUACAGGUUUCCCCUACUGAUCUGUUGCUUACAUCUUCUAAGGAAAUUACGAUCUCCACGACUGGAACAAGAAGCGUGACUAUCUCUGAAGACACAGUGACAUCAUUCAUCUGCACAAGUGUAGGAUCUCGGCCGACAGCAGUUAUAUCAUGGUCUGUUGGGUUUGAUGGAGACCCCGGAAGGACGACCUCUACGUCUAGAACAAACCAGGAUGACCAAAGUUUGCGUGACACAGAGUCUUCGCUUCAGCUGAAUCCAAAAAGGAGUCACCACCAUCAAUAUCUUCGGUGUGUGGCUAAUGCCGGUAUGAACAAACGCCAUACAGAGUUAAUGGUCAUGGUCAAUGGACCAUCUGAUCCUCCUAUACUCGAGGGAACACAAAGCUUACAGGAUGGUGUGUCAUCUAAUGUAACUUGUACAGCAAACAAUGGUUACCCAGAACCAACCUUCCAGUGGUAUCUUGGAUCAAAGAACGUCACCAGCACAUCUAAAAGACAGUCCUCCUUGAAUACUUAUAAUCGAUUUGAUGCCAGAAGUGUUCUUACACUCGCCCCGACGAAAGAUGAUCAUGGGAGAUCUAUAGUCUGUCUGGUUUCUCAACCGAACGAUGUAUCUAUUAAGCCUCAGAAUGUUAAUAAAGUUCUUCAUGUUCUUUAUUCCCCUGUCAUUGUGGACUACUCUAUUCGUCGAGUAUUCAAUAUUCUAGACAGCGUCGAUGUCAUUUUCACAUGUAGAUCAGAUAGUAGACCAAUAGCCUCAAUAACUUGGUUCUCGAAUGGUACUGAACUCAACAACAGCGCCCUUCAUCAGAUCCAAUAGAGGAUUCUAAUUUACUGUUGACGUGUAAAACUGUUGGUUGAUCCUUUUGAGUUGUUGGAAUGAUGGACCCAAUCCUGUUUUUUUUCUGGAAUAAAGUAAAUCUAUCAACGAACAAGAGAAACAGUUUUAUGUGAAAAUAGUUCAAUCUGUAUUCAUUUAAUUUAAUAGAUCACAUCAUAUUAAAAUGUAUUUAAUAAAUAACAAUUAUUCUGAACUAAUUGUCAGAUCGUGAAUACGACAAAAUUAUAAAUACUUAUAUUGAUAUAUAUUUAUAUUAUAGUGCAUGAUUAAAAUUAAUGACAUCACUGUUCACAGAAAUAACAUGAAGGCCCGUUACUAUAAUUAUAAAGAAGAUGAUUUUCGAAAAGGAUGAUGCAAUGUAAAUAAGAUAAGCAAGUCGUCAGUCUUGUGAGUAUAUGCCGAUUACUGCCAAAACGUCACAUUAUUUGCUUCUUGAUUCGCCAUGAUAUUACGACAGAGCACAAAACAUUAUUUUCAAAAUAUCACUCAACCUCAAGUUUCUAAUCCUUAAAACUUAACAAAAUUUUUCGCGUAAACAUGCCAUAUUUUUUUUAACUAGGUGAAGGUAAGGUGCAACUUACAGGUUUUUCAAAGUAUUGAAAAUGUGCCUUCCGCAUCAUUCAAAAAGAAUAUGAAUAUAUUUCAUCUCGAUUAAUGAGCUACUGGCCUCUAAACAGACGUCACUUAUUUCUGAACAUGUAUAACAUGUAGUAUGUUACUCUCUUGAACGUAGUCUACAUACACAGCUGAUCUACGGUAGAUCUGAAAUAAGCGAAUCAUUGUUCUUGAUUUUUUUUGUUUCUAUCUUUUUUGAGUUUGAUCCUAUAAGUGAAGUUAAGAUAUGCAAAUGUUUGAUGCUCUGCGCAACAUUACAAUACAAACAUUACGGGUGGAAAUACAGUUUCCGCGAGGUUUAUUUAAGGCCCAGUCACAUCUCGUUCCGUGCAAGACUUGCGGAUGAUUGCCCGCAGCUCACCCGCUAAAUGUUUUGAGCAUUUUAAAAACUUUUCUGCGUGCAAAUCAUACAUGAGUGCGCUUCUGCGUGUGAGCUGCGUGCGAGAUAUUCUCAACGCAGGCGACCUGCGGGAAGCAAAACUAGUUACCCGCCAGUCUUACGCAAGGCUAGUGACUGGGCUUUUUGAUAUGCGCCAUACUGUGCACGAUCUUUUAGAUGAGUGCUCAGUGUCAACCAUCUAAAGUGACUUGCUGUGUUUUUUUUUUUACUGCUUUCGUUUUUUUAAUACAUCCCUUCUAGUUGGUGUUUAUUCUCCGUCUUCCUCGUCGUUUGCAUUAUGCCUAUACACAGAGAGUGCCUUGUACACUGCAUUAAUAUGCACUUGCCGUGGGUCUGUAGAUAGUUCCAAUUGUUAAAUUCGAUUCGCGCCUUUUUUGAGGAAAUAUAACAUAUUUCCAGGUUGCAUCAAAUUCACUAACAAUAAUAAAAUUCAAAUCCAUGCAUCGUGAUACAAUAUUUGAAUGUCUUUCAAUGCAAACGUGUUUUCUCAGUACCCAUAGCAUUGCAAUAAAAAAGUUUUAUACUUUCAUGAUUAUUAUUCACCAUCUAUGCACGGAACCUUAUGUACCAGGUCUAUACCAAGUAUAUGUCAGUCUUUACAAUACAAUUGUUGGCUCUUUAUUUCAACUGUGGCCUAUGUAUACUUUGUAAAUAUCUAGUUGCUGUGAUGUCACGAUGUUUAUUUCUCACAUAGCUCGAAUGAUAUAUUCGCAAAAAAGUUGAAUAAAGAUAAAGAAUAUUGAAAUCAAACCGCUCCAUAAUUUUCAGUCUGAUGUGGUAUAUGAGUAGGGUUCAUUUGACUCAAUAUUAUGAAGCGAUUGCGUGAUAAUAUGUCAAUUAUUAAUAUUAUUAUUUAUUUGACCAAAUAAUGAUACAAAGAGCGAUGACAUUAUACAUGGUAAAAACAAACAAUACAAAAUGGAGCAGUGCUACAUGCUGGUCAGGGGUGAUAAAAGCAUAAUAAAUAGAUGUUGCUCGGA